UUUGAAUAUUGCGAAGAUCCUGACGUCAAUGCGACCUCUUGCGCUCCUCAUCACGGCGGUAUCCACGAUCGACGUGUGCCUGGCCGAAUGCUGGCUACGCGGCGAUGGCGUACGUAUCUGCAGCUCGGACGGCUUGGAGUGGCUGGCCAUGUGGUGGUUCUGGUUUGCUGUUCUCUUCUUCCUCUGCGCCUGCACUGGAGGCUCGUAUAUAUACCACCGACGGAACUUAAACUCGCUGUAUCAGCAAGGAUUCGUCACGUACUCGGAGCCCCUCAUCCUCCACGACACCCUCAACAACAACGCGGCAAACGACCGCCAUCUCACCUCGACCCCUUCCACUCAAAAGAUAUUUUACCGCUGAUAACUUGAUGAACUCAUGUACGAUACAGUCUUUGCGUUUGGGCGCAC